AUGGGGCUACAGGAAUGUCUCCCUCUCAAACUCAUGCGACAGAGCUUUGAUUACAAGGACUCACCAUCCAUGAUAUGGUCAGCAGCAUCGCACCCUGCCAGCAGCAUCGCACCCUGCCAGCAGCAUCGCACCCUGCCAGCAGCAUCGCACCCUGCCAGCAGCAUCGCACCCUGCCAGCAGCAUCGCACCCUGCCAGCAGCAUCGCACCCUGCCAGCAGCAUCGCACCCUGCCAGCAGCAUCGCACCCUGAACCACUUCUCCUUGAGGAGCUCAAACACUUCAGGAGACUCGGAUCAGAGAAAAGGAGGAGGUCUGGGAGACUCGGACCAGAGAAAAGGAGGAGGCCUGGGAGAUUGGGAUCAGAGAAAAGGAGGAGGUCUGGGAGACUCGGACCAGAGAAAAGGAGGAGGUCUGGGAGACUCGGAUCAGAGAAAAGGAGGAGGUCUGGGAGACUCGGAUCAGAGAAAAGGAGGAGGUCUGGGAGACUCGGAUCAGAGAAAAGGAGGAGGUCUGGGAGACUCGGAUCAGAGAAAAGGAGGAGGUCUGGGAGACUCGGAUCAGAGAAAAGGAGGAGGUCUGGGAGACUCGGAUCAGAGAAAAGGAGGAGGUCUGGGAGACUCGGAUCAGAGAAAAGGAGGAGGUCUGGGAGACUCGGACCAGAGAAAAGGAGGAGGUCUGGGAGACUCGGAUCAGAGAAAAGGAGGAGGUCUGGGAGACUCGGACCAGAGAAAAGGAGGAGGUCUGGGAGACUCGGAUCAGAGAAAAGGAGGAGGUCUGGGAGACUCGGACCAGAGAAAAGGAGGAGGUCUGGGAGACUCGGAUCAGAGAAAAGGAGGAGGUCUGGGAGACUCGGAUCAGAGAAAAGGAGGAGGUCUGGGAGACUCGGAUCAGAGAAAAGGAGGAGGUCUGGGAGACUCGGAUCAGAGAAAAGGAGGAGGUCUGGGAGACUCGGAUCAGAGAAAAGGAGGAGGUCUGGGAGACUCGGAUCAGAGAAAAGGAGGAGGUCUGGGAGACUCGGAUCUGAGAAAAGGAGGAGGUCUGGGAGACUCGGAUCAGAGAAAAGGAGGAGGUCUGGGAGACUCGGAUCAGAGAAAAGGAGGAGGUCUGGGAGACUCAGAUCAGAGAAAAGGAGGAGGUCUGGGAGACUCGGAUCAGAGAAAAGGAGGAGGUCUGGGAGACUCGGAUCAGAGAAAAGGAGGAGGUCUGGGAGACUCGGAUCAGAGAAAAGGAGGAGGUCUGGGAGACUCGGAUCAGAGAAAAGGAGGAGGUCUGGGAGACUCGGAUCAGAGAAAAGGAGGAGGUCUGGGAGACUCGGAUCAGAGAAAAGGAGGAGGUCUGGGAGACUCGGAUCAGAGAAAAGGAGGAGGUCUGGGAGACUCGGAUCAGAGAAAAGGAGGAGGUCUGGGAGACUCGGAUCGGAGAAAAGGAGGAGGUCUGGGAGACUCGGACCGGAGAAAAGGAGGAGGUCUGGGAGACUCGGAUCAUAGAAAAGGAGGAGGUCUGGGAGACUCGGAUCAGAGAAAAGGAGGAGGUCUGGGAGACUCGGACCAGAGAAAAGGAGGAGGUCUGGGAGACUCGGACCGCAGAAAAGGAGGAGGUCUGGGAGACUCGGACCGCAGAAAAGGAGGAGAUCUGCUAUGGAUUCUUUAA